GUGGGGGAGAACAGAGCACCUGGAGUGCUUGGAAAGAGCACUGGGCAGCAUGGCCAUUGGGCCUGCCCUGUGGCUGGGCCCUCUGCUCCUGCUUUCCUUCUGGGGGCUCUCAGCUUCAGCCUCCCUUCUUAGGCGCCUGGGUGAGCACAUUCAGCAGAUUCAGGAAAGCUCUAGCCUGGGUCUGGGCCUGGGCCUGGGGCCAGGUGCUGUGGCCCUCCCAAAAGUGGGGUGGCUGGAGCAGCCACUGGACCCCUUCAAUGCAUCGGACAGAAGAUCCUUCCUGCAGCGUUACUGGGUGAAUGACCAACAUUGGGCUGACCAGGAUGGACCUGUAUUCCUGCAUCUGGGGGGCGAGGGCAGUCUUGGGCCUGGCUCAGUGAUGAGAGGGCACCCUGCAGCCCUAGCCCCAGCCUGGGGGGCCCUGGUGAUAAGCCUGGAACACAGAUUUUAUGGCCUGAGUGUUCCUGCUGGGGGCCUGGACAUGGCCCAGCUUCGCUUCCUGUCCAGCCACCACGCGCUGGCCGACAUGGCCUCCGCACGUCUGGCAUUCUCCCGCCUCUUCAACGUCUCCUCCUCUAGCCCCUGGAUCUGCUUCGGAGGCUCCUACGCCGGUUCCUUGGCCGCCUGGGCCCGGCUAAAGUUCCCCCACCUCAUUUUCGCCUCCAUCGCUUCCUCCGCCCCGGUGCGGGCAGUGCUGGAUUUCUCCGAGUAUAAUGACGUGGUGUCCAGAAGCCUAAAGAGCCCGGCGAUUGGCGGGUCCCUGGAGUGCCGGGCGGCGGUGGCCGCUGCCUUCGCGGAAGUGGAGCGGCGUCUGCGCGCCGGCGGGGCAGUUCAAGCAGCGCUGGGGGCGCAUCUGGGCGCGUGUGGGUCUCUGGGCCGCGCUGAAGACCAGGCAGAGCUGCUGGGGGCUCUGCAGGCACUGGUGGGAGGCGCUGUGCAGUACGACGGGCAGGCGGGAGCGCCACUGAGCGUACGACAGCUCUGCGGACUCCUCCUCGGGGGUGGGGGCAACCGCAGCCGCUCCACGCCCUACCGUGGGCUUCGUCGGGCGGUGCAGAUUGUCAGGCACAGCCUGGGUCAGAAGUGUCUAAGCUUCUCCCGGGCAGAGACAGUGGCACAGCUGAAGGCCACAGAACCCCAAGUGUCCGGCGUGGGUGACCGGCAGUGGUUGUACCAGACAUGUACUGAGUUUGGCUUCUAUGUCACCUGUGAGGAUCCUAGAUGUCCUUUCUCCCAGCUCCCAGCGCUGCCCUCCCAGCUAGACCUAUGUGAGCAGGUGUUCGGACUCUCAGCCUCUUCUGUAGCCCAGGCUGUGGCCCAGACGAACUCCUACUAUGGUGGACAGACCCCUGGAGCAACCCAAGUGCUAUUUGUUAAUGGGGAUACAGACCCCUGGCAUGUGCUCGGUGUAACACAGGCCUUGGGAUCCUCGGAGUCAGCUCUUCUCAUCCGUAGUGCCUCCCACUGCUUGGACAUGGCACCCGAGAGGCCCUCAGAUUCCCCAAGCCUCCGGCUAGGACGCCAGAGCAUCUCCCAACAGCUGCAGACCUGGCUCAGGCUGGCAAAGGAGAGCCAGGUUAGGGAUGGGGUCUGAGUCCCACACCCUCACUACUCCCUGCGUGGCCACCUCAGUUCUGGAUGUAUUCAAUCACUGGACAAAAGAAAGCAGCUUGUUUUGAGGAGAAAAUUCCCGGGAAUUAGGAUUCAUAAUCUAUUCUACAUAUAACUGGCUUGUGUCUGUAAACAUCCUCACUCUCAACUAAAAGUGCUUUGUUAUAGACAAAUAAUUAUGUAAUAUAAAUGAAUGAUUAUUCUCAUUGUGAAUAUUGGUAUUUUAAAUGUUAAAUGUCAAAGAAACGUGUCUCCUCAUGCUGGUGCCCUCCCCCUGCUAAUCAGAUUCCAGCUCAAAUUCUGCCACUUCAGCUCCUGGGCUGGGGACCUUGCUGCAAGUUCCUCUCUCUGGACCUCCGACCUUGACCCUGUCUAUGCUUCUCUCACCUUUCUUACAUGUCUAAAAUGAGCUUUCAACAAAUAACCUGGGCCUGGUUCCAACACAUCAGAACUUGACUCCUGACUUGUAGCUCAUUUCAGAUAAAAAUGCUUUGUGCCAUUUGCUGACCCAAUGUACUUUUACAAAGUCACAGUUUGAGCUUUUACUGGGUGGAUGGAGAGAACAUACUGAAAAUGGCAAACUUCCUAACUCCCAGCAUUCAUUCCUUUUCUCAAUUUCUGGCUUUAUAUUGCUCCAUAGCAUUUAUCAUCUUUUACUAUAUUAUGUAAUUUGUUUAUUUCAUAUUUCUUGUAAUUGUAAGCUUCAUAAAGACAGAAUUUUGUCUACUUAUUAAUAAUUCUAUAUCCCAUUGCCUAGAAUAGUAUAAAAUAAGCACUCAAAAAUGCUUAUUUAAUCAAUGCAUCAAGUAGACUUUCACAGUCUAGUUUAACUAGAAUAAUGAGAUUUCAAGAAGUUUUUGAGCAUCUCAAAGAAACAAAGGCAAUAAAACUCAUAUUUAUA